AUGUCCAUAUUCUCAAAGAUCAAGAGCUCUCAAAAGGCUGCUCAAAAACAUAAAGAAAAGGCCACCGCCGAAGAAUAUCAACAAAAGCAAGCGGAGGAAGCAGCUACCAAAGUUCCAUACAAACACAUUCCAACUCAUGCUGCAAUUGAUGCACUUUCUGGAGCACCUUCAUCCUGGAAAAGGGAUGAUCGAACCAAAAUCUUAGAACAUCAUAAACGAAGAAGUCAGAUGACCAUCAGUCGUACUCAUAGUACUCUUUCCACUGUUUCAUCCAUGAAUACUACAACUGAAUCCUCUUCUGGCAUUCCAUCUCUACCACGCAACAUCAGUUACAAUAGCUACAAUCCCACAUGGAAUAAUCGUACGGGUGAUAAGUCAUAUUCGACAGAAAAGUUUCAAUUGCGAUCGCAACAAAACCUUAGAUCCAAAUCCUCAACACCAUACUCUAAUCACGGAAUUGACUCUGCUAUUGGUAGAAGUCCAUUAUCUAGUCAUGUUCAAAGUGAAGCUCCAUCCCCAGUAACUAGUUCUGGAACCAGUACGAUAACAUCAUCGUCAUCUUCAUCAUCUUCAUCCGACGAUCUCGAAAUAACUACUGUCUCCAGUGUCCCACGAAGGCUACAACCUCGAUAUUCCUUCAGACCUGAACCAGUCGUAUUUGAAGACCAUGAUGUUUUCUCCAGAUUACACACAAGUACCACCCGAAAAUUGGGCGAAGCACCAAUUAUGACAGCACCGCAAGCUCAACUAUCUAAACCAACACCAGUCAUGGUAGCACCACAAAUCGCACACAAGAAAAGUCGCUGGACUUUGAUAGGAAAACACAAACCUUCACCUAUUGCUGUUUGA